AGGCCGCUUAUUAGAGGCUGCCCUGCCCACGUCUGUCUGCGAGCAAGACUUUCCCCCCACCCCCUCCUCCCGCAGCUGUCGUCUGAUCUGACGCUGGAGCUUUGAACGUAGCUCUCUUGAGUGCCAGAUGUGGAGGAAGACUAAAAAUAAUCUCCCAGACUAUCACUAAGAGGGAACCACGUGCUCGGGGUGCGCCCGGGACCCAAGGACCCCAGUUCAAGUGGAAUCAAAUCCCCCAGCGCGUGGCCCCAUCGCUGAGCUCGGGGCAGGACCCCAGAGUGGGAGCUGGUCCUUCCCAGCCUGCUCCCCGCCCACCCCGGUCUGGGCUGCCCUCCUCCACUCUGAACCCUUCCCAACUUGGGUUCUGCUCUCUGCAUCGCCUGGGAAGAAAAUGGACCCCGGGAGCUACAGGCAAGGAAGGCGAGCCGGAGGCUGGGGAAUAAAAGUUUUUCCCCACACUCUGUGCAUCGUGGUGUUGCUAUUAGACUCGUGUUCUGCAAGAGGGUUAUGGAAACGGGCGGUGCACCUGAAGUUGGCCGAGAAAUCCCAAGAUUAUGAAUACCCCCUCCAUUCUCAAGGUAGCCAUCAUCCCCGGAAUGAGCGCUGUCCCCCACCCCCCCAAACAUUACCCAAAGGGGCUUGUGAAGUGACCAGAUGCCGCUCAGAUUCGGUGUGUGAAAGGCACAAGCGUUGCUGCUUCAAUGGGUGCACCUACGCCUGCCUGGAAUCAGUGCAGCCUCCACCAGUCCUAGACUGGCUGGUGCAGCCCAAACCUCGCUGGCUAGGUGGCAACGGCUGGCUGCUGGACGGGCCAGAAGAAGUUUUACAAGAGGCCUGUAGCACCACUGAGGAUGGGGCAGAACCUCUCCACUGCCCCACAGGCUAUGAGUGCCACAUCAUAAACCCUGGCAACUCUGCAGAAGGCAUCCCCAACAGAGGGCAGUGCAUCAAGCAACGGAAGGCUUCUGAUGGACAAAACCUGAAACCUAAAAUUUAUAAGGAAGUUGUAGCAAGUAAUUCAAAUCAUGUGGUCGGCUACGAAAAAGAACGACAGAAGCAUUUGCAUUAAUCCAAUAGAUGAAUUGAAAAUGAGUGGACAAAUGAAGUCAUGCAAACUUGGUCCCA